UAGACUUGAUUCCAUGAUCUUGGAUCAUUGACUAGCUAUUACCAGUGUAGUUUGACCCGAUCGGUGAAGGUUCGAAGAACACGAUCGAUGAGGGAAGAUACAGCCCAAAUGAAGGUUUCGAUACCCAUCGGAGAUUUAUGGAAGGCGAUGGCGAUCGAUAUAGGGCAAACGGCAACCACGGUUUUACCCGAUAUCGUGAAGGAAGUCGAGUUGCUCGAUGGAGAUGGCCGCCUUGGAACCAUCUUGGUCUUCAAAUUUCACCCCGCUGUACCGAAAAGCAAAUACCAGAAGGAGAAGAUUGUCGAGUUCGAUGAAUCUCGGCAUCAGAUUGCUCUUGAAAUCCUCGAAGGAGGGCAUUUGGAUCACGGGUUUUCUUCGUACACGACUGGUUUUAUGUUAACCGCGGUUGGAGAAGCGGAUACACUUAUCGACAUCAAGGUUUUGUAUGAGACCAAACCCGAACGUAUUCAUGUUCCGGGGGAGACCAUAAAAGCGACGUUCCAUUACAUCAAAUGCCUCGAAAACCAUCUCUCAAAUGUUAUCUCUUAGCUCGAGAUCUUGUAGAAUCGUUCUUCUGCAUCUUUAGUUGUGUUUUCUGUAUCGGAAUCUAUGGAAUGAUAAUAGAAACGUACAUGUAAAAUGGCAAAUUCCUUC